UACCUUGACACUGGCGACCAAGACAAUGAUGUCGAGGACCAACAUCCUCUACCCGCCGAGAGUGUCGCCGGUCUCGACAUGCCCGUCGCCGAGACUGUGUACCAGCACCAGAGCUUUCGGACGGAGCCGAGCAUAAAGAGCGACGUCGGUAUCGAGCUACGCGGCCCGCUCGAGGUGAGGGGCUCGGUCAAGUCAGGCGGCAGCAUCGCCCUGCUGGGGGAUCUGAUCAUCCGUCGAAAGAUUGACGCCUAUGGGGCCAUCACCGUGAAUGGAAACGUCAGCACCCAAGGUAGGAUCAAGGCAUAUGGGAAUAUCGAGGUCAACGGUUCCUUGACAGCAAGCAAUGGCAUCAAAGGCUUUGGCAAGCUGAGACUUGUCGGAUCCCUGCAAGGCACUGACCUUGAGAUAUACGGCAACCUGAUCGUGAAUGGCUACCUUAAAUGCCGACGUCUUCUCGUCUACGGAUCCUUGACCCUCAUCGGGGCUGAGUCGAGCUACACUGUCGAGGAAUCGGAAGAGAUCAUGGGCGCCAAACUCCGACGAGAUCAAGAGGCAGACUGGGACUGGUGA